AUGAUGGACCCAGCCGCAGCGGAAGUUGUCGCCACCCAACCAGAACCCAUGCCCAAACCGACUGCUUCGGCGGACGGGCUCCCGCUACCAAUAACCACCAAGGAGGGCAAGCAACGCAGUCAAUCAUCUAGCCCAGAGCCGGCGAAACCCAGGCGUCCAAGCAGAGUUAGGCCUUUCCUUCGCGCGUUCUUUGGGAUCAUUUUCGCUAUCCUCCGAAUCGCGUUCAUAUACCUCAUCCCGGGUACGAUAUUCGUAGCUCUUGCGGCCGUGCUUUUCUUUGGCCUACCGUUUGCGAUUGCCUCUGCGCAAGGUGCCCUCGUCAUGUUUGUGGGCAACGCGAUUCUGCGCGCCGCGCACCUCGAACACUACACGCGAGCCGCUCUCGCAGCAGCAGUCGGUGCGACCGGAGCCCCUAUCGCCGUCAUUAUCAUCGGUAUCGUCCUUCAAUGCCUCCCCAGGCAGCUCACCGAGAGCAGCCAACCGCCGCGGCAGCACAUCUACGACGAGUACGCUGGGCAGAACGAGCAAGCCCAGCUGCCGUGGUAUACGACCUUCUGUACAACCAUCGUCGCAAACACGCUAUCUGGAACGAUAGGCUCAGCAAUCCUGCUGCACAACCACGUCGACCUGGAGGGGAUGGACGUGCUGCACGCGACCCGCGCAGGGGCGACGGGUGGUGCGGUCAUGGCGGCCGCCAUGAUCUUCGUCGGGCCCGUUAUCACGGUCGUGUUGGGGAUCUUGCUCUCGCCGCUGUGGAUCGCGAUGUUGAUGGGCUUGAAGUGGGUGUACGUGCGGUCGAACGAGACAUGGACGGAUCAGUCGUACAGCUAUUCGGCGUGCCAAUGCUACGGAACGUGUGGGGGCGACUCUGAGGUGGACUACGAAAUACAAACGCUGCAGCAGAAUAGACGACGGUGGUAG